AUGUCGUCGUUUGCGAAAGCGCAAAAAGCUGGGCGCAAGACCCACAAGGAGCGAUCGCAGGUUUCCCAUCGGCGCAAGUUUGGAUUCCUCGAAAAGUCCAAGGACUGGAAGCUCCGCAGAGAAGACUUUCACUUCAAGCAACGUCGACUGAAAGCGCUUGCCGAAAAGGCCCGCAACAGGAACCCCGAUGAGUUUUACUUUGCAAUGGUCAACAAACGCACGCAGAUUGUGUUGCCGAGCGGGGAAGUCAUUUACAAAUGGGCGAGAGAGCGCAAGAAGUAA